CAAUCACGAUAGUCAAGAGGUAUUCACUAUCUGCCGCUUCCGGUUUCACUCUGGACUUCUGCGCGCGCGAACUCGGGAAAAAAACACAUCAGGACUUUUUCUCUGUCAUCCAGGACUGUGUAAUCAUCUUCAAAGUGUGGUUUGGAAUGUGGUUACUGGAUGAUUAUUCCGUUUAUGGACUUAAUAUUGGCUUACUGAAGACUUUACAAGAAGGAAGAUCACCUGUAACAGUUGACCAAUGACACCUGUUGACUCCUCGGCGAUGGUUUUGAGAGAAACUGUGCUAUAAACAAACUACGAGGAUAUUUGAACGUUUGGUGAACAAGUUAAGAUGAAAGUGACGGUAAAUUUCGGGGAAACGCGGAUUGUCGUCCCGUGUAAAGACGGUUGGAUGGUACGAGAUUUGAUCGAUCAAGCCACUCAAAGAUACAAGAAGAUUGUUGAACAGGAUGGGGAAUUCCUGGUACGGACGCACCAUGUGGAGUACGAGGACGGGGGGAUUCUGGAUCCAGAUGACAUGCUAACAGACCUGGUGGAGGACAAAGACAAGCUGAAGGCUGUGUACGAGAAGAUGGAGCUCCAGCAGAGGGCGAUGGUGAGUCCCGGGGGGAGUGUGGCGUCGGGUCGCUCCAGCCCUGCCCCCUCUGAACCAGAGCUCAGCGUCCUGCAGCCCUAUCUGGGCAGCGAGAUCGAGGUCACCACGUCCGCCCUCAAAUCAACCACCCCUCUAUCCGUGCGAAGCAGCAGUGACCCCGCCCUCGCCCCGCCCCUGGAUGUAAUUUCAUUGGACCGUGAGGACAUCAGCAGACCCCAGUCUACCGGAGUCGGUCAUGCAACGACUGUGAAGGGAGGAGCCAUGGACAAACCCAAGGUGGACGUCCCAAACUCCAGGAAUGGACAAGUCAACUUAAGCAGUCUCACACGGACGGUGGAGAUUUCUGGAGACCUCGGGCCUCUGGGAAUCAAAGUCAUAUCAUACUGCUCCUCACUGAGUGGAAGGACUCUGGGUCUACAUAUCCGAUCCAUCGAGGAGAACAGCCGCUCUGAACGAGAGAGGAUCUUUCAAGAGGACGAGUGCAUUGUGCUGAUCAAUGACAUCGAGCUAAUAGACAAGUCCUUCGCUCAGUCUCAGGAGGUGUUUCGCCAAGCCAUGUCCUCCUCCACUGUACGUUUGGAGGUGCUUCCUGUUGCCAACAAGCUCCGCUACGAAAAGAGCCUUAUCGGGCAGCUUUUCAACAACACCGAACCAACCACUGUGGUCCCUAAAGUCAAGAGUCCUUUCUUGGUCCAUAAACUGCGUCCGAGUAAUGCAUCAACGCCAUCUCCAGAGCCCCCUGCCUCACAAACCCCGCCCCUUAAGGAGGAGGAGCUUCGACCUGCAAGACACCCCCCCGCUGAAUCAAAUCAUCGCAGACAUACGCCUUCUCCUCCUGUCAGCGCAUCACCCACCCUGAAAGAUCGUAGUGAGAGCCCCGCCCCCAAAAAGACCCCGGCCCUCGCCAUGGCGGUUGAUAUGAUCAACAAAAGGCCUGGGAAGAAAAUGAAGAUCGAUUUGAAGAAAGGCACGGAGGGCCUCGGUUUCACCGUGGUAACCAGAGACUCGUCCCUUCAUGGUCCAGGACCCAUUAUGGUCAAGAGCAUUCUGCCCCGCGGAGCUGCUGUUAAAGACGGGCGGCUCAAGUCUGGAGACCGUAUCCUGGAGGUAAAUGGAGUGGACAUCACAGGACGCACACAAGAGGAACUGGUGGCUAUGCUGCGGAGCACCAAACUGGGAGAGACUGUGUCUAUGAUAGUUGGAAGACAAGAGGAGUUUUUGCCCAGAGAACUGAAAGGAGAGCCGUCAGGUCCGCUGCUGGCUGAGGACGGGCGAGAGCAGCUGAUGUUUGAAGUUCCUUUGAACGACUCCGGCUCAGCUGGUCUGGGGGUCAGUCUGAAGGGUAACAAGUCCCGAGAGACCGGAGAAGACCUGGGCAUCUUCAUCAAGUCCAUCAUCCACGGCGGCGCUGCACACAAGGACGGUCGCUUACGGAUCAAUGAUCAGCUGGUAGCCGUCAACAGUGAAUCCCUGCUCGGACGCUCCAACCACGAUGCCAUGGAAACCCUGCGGUACUCCAUGUCGACUGAAGGGAACCUCAGAGGAACCAUCCAGCUGGUGGUUCUGCGUACUGUGGAGCGCUCACCUGCACAGGAAAAUCAGGAAACCAGUCAGACUGUCUCUAGAAACGACUCUCCUGUUCAUCAUCAUCCUAACAACAACCACACCAACAGUUCCAUACCACCAUCCACAGCGAACAACCGUAUGUACGAAGCUGCUCCUGCUCCACACAGAUCCUAUGGGGAGAGACAGGAACUGCCGGAGGAGGACUAUGAUGAAGACGAUUUCCCCCCUCCACCUUCUGAUCAGGACCUGCUGGAAACAGACCCUCCUCACAAACACCAACAAGAUCGGGCUGAAAUGGAGCCUGUCUCCUAUGUGAACCACCCCACCAACCAACAAUACCCUCAACAACAGAAAGUCCCAGAUUACCCCACCAACAGGUCCUCAAAGAGCAUGGAUUUAGUGGCAGAUGAGAGUAACAUGGCCUCCAUUCAAGGACAGAGACCUGAACCCCCCUCCUCUAACGGGACAGCGCUGGGACCCAGGUUAGGUCUUCAGAAGUCCAGUUCUCUGGAGAGUCUCCAGACAGCGAUGGAGGAGGUCAGUAAGGACGAGGUGCCCUUCCAUCGUCCACGCGCGCACAUGGUGAGAGGCAGAGGCUGCAACCUCAGCUUCCGCUACGCCAUCGACAAGUCCUACGAAGGGCCUUCUGAACCUGAGGAUGAUGACUCUGAGGAAGACUCUGGAAGAGACACGCCUGCCAGCGGCUCCUCUCGCCAGGAUGAUGACAAGAAGGUAAAGAAAAAGAAAACCAAAAAGAAGAAAGAGAAAAAGAGCAAAAAGAGGGAUGAGCCCGAAGACCCUGAGAAAAAGACAAAGAAAAAAGGAUUUGGAUUGUUGAGCAUGGAGACCCCGCCUGACCUCAGAUCAGUGCAGAAGAAUAAGUUUGGGAGGAAAAACAAAGAGGAGAAAGCCAAAUCUAAGGCUAAACAACUGGGCGCUUUGAGCGAAGAGGAGAUGGACAGGAGUGAACCGGAGAUGUUUCUGUCCAAGAGUGAAAGGAACAGCCCUGCUCCUGACCGUGUCAUCUUCCCGGACGUCGAAGAUGAUGACAUGGAUCCCAACUAUGCUCGCAUCAGCAAUUUCAGAGAACCUCCUGCCUCCAGUCACUCCCCCUAUCCACCUGGAACUCCCACCCAUAACCACUCUCAGCCUUCUGUCCCCGCCCCAAACAGAGAGCCGCCCAAUGAGGACGAGCUAGAGGGGCUUUAUGCAAAAGUGAACAAGCAAAGAACCGCCCCUCCAAAGACUGACAGUAAUGAAGAACGAUUGCAGCAAAUCCGAAAUCAGCUUCAAAAGGUGAGACCAGCUCCAUCCUAUGAAGACCUGACCGCCCGAAGACGCCAGGAAUACGACCCCUCACGAAUCAGAGGGCCUGAUCCACGAAUGGCUCCAAGAUACAACGACACCGAUCGUCUGUAUGCCUCCGUGCCCAGGAGGAUGCCCGUGGAGGACUACCCGAACCAGAACUGGUCCAGCCAGAGAGACCUCGUCCAUUACUCAAACCCCAUCUACGAGACCCAUCGAGACAACUACCCUUCACGCUCUCCACGGUUGCCCGUACCCAGACCCAUGGAGGCCACGGGCAGUGACUACCCUUCACCUCCAGUGCAACAGAGGGGUCCCAUAAGGCAGGAUGUCCCUCCCUCAUCGAACCCAGGUGCCAGAGGACCACCGCGUUAUGAAACGCUAAACCAGGGGAACUAUCGGACGCCAAGUCCUGAUCGCUAUGGGCCAUACGGAGAUGAACAAUAUCAAGACCCCCGGCAGAAAAACCCAAUCGGAGCUGUCUAGAGGAGGAGGAGGAGGAAGUAGGUUUGUGCUGAAAGGGCAAGAGGUUUUAUGAAGCAGGUAAUUUUGUUUAUUUAAGGAGACACAGAAGGAACAAUCUAAUUAGUUUUCUUAGACUUAUGAGAAGAAAAAGCAAAUAAAAUUGGCUUGACGUAGCCAUCGAUUACUCCAAAGUGAACUAGUUAAGUAAACUUUGUGAUUUGUUUUUUGGAUGUAAGCCAUUUUUCCUCUUAAUUAGCAUGAUGGGAUGUGAGUAUUACUCAGUUCUGGACAUCAACUCCAUUUUACACCACAGUCAGUUAAGUUUGAAUUGUACAGCUUUAAGAAGCAUUUAGGGUUUGUAUAUAUGUACGCUUUGCAUGUAUUUAAUUCAUGACACCACACAAAUGUGUAUAUGACGGUCCGCUGAGGUUAGUAUGGCCAUUUAACCCCUAGUUGUACCUUUCGUUUUGUUGAUGACAUCUUUGGUAGUCUCUAAUUAUCCUAAAAUGUCAGAUUGAGUGUUGUUUGUUUAUAUGUUGGGUGCCUUAUGCUAGCUCUGGUGAGAAGUUUUUAAAUGUGAAGAAAUUUGCCAUCAGUUUACUUAUUUGGUGGUUGAAGAAAUACAUAUAGGUAUAUAUUUUUUAGAUUUUUAUUGCAUUUUAUUGCCUUGGCAGUAACCUUGUCACCCUACAAAACUCCUACAUUAACAUUUUGUGUUUUUUAUUUCUAUGAAUCAAUCCUAAAGUGUUCUUCUGUGCAAUGUUUUAAGGGUAAUACUCUCUUUCAAUCACCUCUCUCCUUGAUUCAUUUUUGUAAAACUAUUCUGAGACCCAAAAACAAGGAAACGGGCGAGGUUACACAAAUGUCUGAUCCGAUAUCAAAGUCUCCAACAACUGUUUUGACUUUCGUCACAUCUCUCCUAUUAUCUUAGGUUUGCGAUUUUAACAUUCCAGGCAUUUGUUUUUCCAUUUCAGCAGCUUUAUCGAAGUGCUGCGAUGUGAAACGCUGCCCCCUAGGUGCAGUUCAACUCUCUAUUCACAGAGCUUUUGUUGUUGUUGUAUCAGUGCUUUAAAAGCAAGACUUUCCUGAUGUCCUUGGUUUGUAAAAUUAUCUGUUUAUUAUAGUUAGAAGACACAUUACCAGUCAAAACAAGAACCAACUUUUUGCACCUGCUUUUUGUUCAGUUUUUGCACAUUUAAUGCCUGAGUGGUUUGCAGUAAAAUGGUCAGAUUGAAAGUGGAGAUACUGGGAACAUGCAGAAUACAUGAAGUUUUUUAUCUUGUACACAUAUGCUACUCUAUCAACUAUGGCUAUUCAGUUGGUGUUCAAUCUUAAGUCUGUCUUGUCACUGAAAAGUUUAUUUCUAUAAUGUUUUUAUAUCACAUUUUUCAUUCAAUUUUUAUGGAAAAUCUAUCUUUGUGUUUAUUUUUUAUUUUACUUUUAAUUUAAUCUUUUUAUACUUGUUUUUCUUUAUUAACAGCUGUUGUCAAUUUAUUAUGAAACUUAACAAAAGAGAUAAAAUAUUGUGCAAUUUUUCUUAUUUAGCCUUUAUUUGUCAUUUUUUUUCCCCCUUAUAUUUUUAUAAAAAUCAAGAUGCUGGUCUGCAUAACUUGUGAAAUCAAAUAACAUGGAUGACAACACAAUGUUUUGUUGUUUUGAUACCUUAUUAUUACUGUGUGGUUUUUAUUUUUAAAGCUGGGCAAAUGUUGUAUUAAAUGGAAAGAAAUGUGUGUUGCCACUAUACAUACGCCAUAACUGAAAAUGAAUCUAGAUGUUAUAGUGCUAAAUUUUGCAGUAAAUAAAAUGGUUAUGACAUCAGUUAAGAAUGGUUACGACAUUUUGGUACUUUUAUUGUUUUUUAUUUUAAAUCAAAUAUUGUAUGUUUUUUGUAAAUAAAAUGGUGUUUUGGUUUAUGACUGA